UCCAUUUCGUCGAAAUCGCUUCUCUCUUCUUCCCUAAUGGCAAUUAUCACGUCUCAUCUCAGGAACUGGGGCAAGGGCACGGUUCCACCGUUCCAGGUUCCAGCCGCGCGGGUCCCGGCCGGAGCCGGACGCGCCGAGCCGCCGACGGGCGUCCCCAUGCCGUUGCCGCUGCGGGUGCCGGCGCGGCUGCUGUUCGCGCGGCACAAGACUACCGCGGCGCAGCACGUGGCGGCGCGGCACCUGGACCACGCCUUCGAGCGGCUCGCGGCGGCGCACCUGCCCCUCGUCGCGGCGUCGCCGCUGGUCGACGCGCUGCGGGCCUCCCCCGAACCGCUCGCGCUGCCGAACCUGGCGCGCCGCCUCCCGCUCCGCCUCCACCGCCGCGGCCCACUCCACUUCCUCCGCCUCUUCCCGCGCGUGUUCGACCUCCGCGCCCCGCUCCCGCUCUCCCUGUCCCUGACCCCCGCCGCCGCGGGCCUCCUCGCAGUCGCCAGCUCCCCCGCCGACGCAGCGCGGACGCUCCACCGCCUCCUAGCGAUGUCGGUCACCCGCUCCCUGCCCCUCCGCGCCGUCUUCCGCGUCUGGCGCGAGCUCGCCCUCCCCGACGACUUCGAGGACUCCGUCGUCGAGGGGCACCCACACCUCUUCCGCCUCGUCUCCAAUCCCGCCGAGCCCAACACUCACAUCCUCCACCUCGUCGCCGACCAGGCGACCGAGGACUUCACCCCGGCGGUGGAGAAGGCCCGCCCGGACAGGUACGCCUUCAAACUGCAGUUUCCGCCGGGGUUCAGGCUGGCCAAGGAAUAUCGGAAGAAGGUGAAGGAGUGGCAGCUGCUGCCUUACACCGGACCGUAUCAGGUCGUCAGUCCGAGCGCUGGAGGUAGCAAGAGGGUGUCGAAGUUGGCGAGGAGGAAGAUGGAGAAGAGGGCAGUAGGGAUUGCGCACGAGUUCCUGAGCCUGACCGUGGAGAAGAUGGUGGAGGUGGAGAAGUUCAGUCAGUUCAGGAAGUGGUUUGGGAUCGAGGUCAAUGUCCGGGACGUGUUCUUGGAUCAUCCCGGGAUAUUCUACCUCUCGGCGAAAGGGAAGCGGCACACGGUGUUUCUGAGGGAGAUGUAUGAUCGUGGAAAGCUUCUCGAGUCGAAUGAUGUCUCUGAGGCAAGAGCCAAACUCGUUGAGCUCAUGCUCCUUCGUCGGCGUGGUCUCGGGAAUGCCAAUUCAAGUGCCAACAUGGCUUCAGGUGCCACUGCUGAUGCCAGAGAGAGUGGUGAUGAUUUUGUUGAUCAUGAGGAUUGUUUGUUGGAUGUAUCAGAGAAGUGAUGGUAGAAGGAUGUUGUCAACUUCAUGGGAACUCAUGUCAGUAAGCCAUGUUGAACGGUGCUUAGCGCACUUCUGAUGGAGAAUGGAUUAAUGGUACCACGGACAGGAGGUUUGUGUGCUGGAGAUAACCAAAUGAGAAGGUGCAUGGAUUUCCAGAGUGGUAUGACUUGGUCGACAAAGCUAGAGGCCAUGGAUAUGCUUGGAACUCAAAAGUCAUGUUUCAACUGUGCGCUACCAUGUUGGUAGGUCGAGAUUCAUGAGGAAAUGUUGAACCUUUGAAUUUCGGUCCCCUUCAGUUCUCUGCUCAGAUUCUUUUUCCUGACAAAUCAUUCUGCCAAGGUUGCUUCAUUCCAUUUGAUUUGUCAGGAUUCAUGAGUUUGCUCUACUUCUUCACUUUGAUCUGGCAGAUGUACUUUUUGGUUGUGGCAAUCGCCUGAAGUACAACCACUGGUUGGUGUCAUUGCCUGAAUCUUAUUAUUUGAACAAAGCAUUGCCUGAAUUGAAGAGCCAGGCAUCAUUCUUCAGCAAUUUUUGCAACCCGGGUCGUUUUUGCAACAUUCUUAGGUUCAACAGACCAGCAAGAUGUGCAAACAUGCUUCAUGUUGUUGGACCACUUCAGGCACCUACAUCGCUAGUUCAGCUUUUGAGUUCCUUAUUCGUACGAUAUAACUUUAUCCUUUCAACAAUUACGCCUACUCUGAUGUGGGGACAUUGAGCACCUAUGAAUCUUAAGGUUUUCUGCUGGUUGUCAUCACAAAACUAGUUCCUGAUGUUCAAAUAUCAAGAAGAGAUGGUGGUUGAAUAGCCCUAUAUGUUGGCUAAUGGAGAGACAGUCCGGCACCUUGUGAUAGGCAGAUAGGGGUGGAGUAAUGGUACUGCAUUGUUGCUAGCUGUUUCUCUAUAUCUAACAAUUUUGUGGCAAGGAAACUUACCAGCCAGUCUGUGUGCUGAAGAUUGGUGGUUACCGUCUGCCUCGCUGCAGCUGUAUCUUCAAUUCUUCAUACACAUUACUUCUGCUGUCUUUUCUUGCCUGGAGUUGGUUCUGACUCUUCGCUUUGGAGGGCAAAAUGCUAGUAUUAUAAUUCAGAACCAUUGUUGCGAUAAUUUAAAAUUACUUUAGGUUAUUCCAGUUAUCAGCCUAUUAUUGUUGGAGAUUGGCUGUUAAACUAUGCCUAAAAUUUGAAA